UACCGAGGUUUGCCCGAAGAAGUGCUACUACUAGUUUGAUUAUUAAUAGUGGUCGCACUAUAGAUAGCCCUUUGACUGGACCCUUCAGUUGGGCCGUUUCAAGAACAAGGCAUCCAGUUAAGCCUCUGCUGGAAGAAAGGCUACACCAUCAUUUUUUAAGGAGUAUCUGAUCUUCACAGCCUUGAUAUGCCACAAAAUUUAGCCUGUAGCUGAGAUUAGCGUAUCAAACACAGAUUUUCUAGAAGAUCAGAGAUACUCAAAUUUGCACAUUAAAUCCUGUCCCCGGUGGCCUGAUACUUCGGUUGGCGUUCAAAGUUUGAACGCGACAUUUGGGGCGAGGUGCAACUGCAAUCUGUUGAGACAUCUUGUGUUGUAUGAGGUGAGGAUGGUAUUGAGAUGAGGGGAAAAUUUGGUCCAUCAUGGUGAAGCUGUGUACAGGGCUUCUAUUGUUAUGUCUGGUGGGAAUGUGCAGUUGGGGUAUUAGUGAGAGCGGAGUGGAGAAAGAGGCGCUGUUAUCGAUUGAACGGCGACUCGACGGAGAGUUGCACCAAUGGUCGCAAAACCAGGAGGGGGCCUGCUCAUGGUUGGGCAUUGGAUGCAAUGGGCAACGGGAGAUCGAGUCUGUGAAUCUCACAAGCCUCAAUCUCACAGGAACCAUCGCCCUCGAGCUUUCCAUGCUCAUGCCUCGUCUCAGAUAUCUGGACCUUUCAAACAAUCGUCUCUCAGGGGAAAUUCCCAAUGCUCUGUUUGCCAAUUGCCCUGAACUUCGGGUGUUCAAUCUGUCGAAUAACGAAUUUCAGGGCGAGCUACCCUCGGGCUUGCAGAAUUGCCGAAAAUUGCAAGUUCUGGAUGUGGGCUACAAUCGUUUGGUCGGGCCUCUGCGGUCUGAGAUUGCGGUGAUGGGAAAUUUGGAAAAGCUUGAUCUGGGUUUCAAUUAUUUGAGCGGUAUGCUUCCUCGUGAGUUACUGAAUACGUGUGGGAAUCUGAGAGAAGUGGAUCUCGUGAACAAUUCUUUCACAGGAGGAAUUCCUCCCAUUACUGUAGUGUGCAGUUCAAUUACCGCUCUCCAUCUUAGCGGGAACCGUCUUGGAGGAGAACUGCCCAAGGAGCUCGGGAUGCUUAGCGAUCUGAAAAAACUGGUCUUGGACAACAAUGGCUUCACCGGAAGUAUCCCUCCGGAAAUCGUUAGCUUGCCUGAGUUGCGCAUUUUUACUGCAGCAAACAACAAUCUUUCAGGCAGCAUUCCUCCGGAAUUGGGUAAAUUGGUAUCUCUGGAAUAUCUUUUGCUGCACCAGAACAAUCUCACGGGGAACAUUCCCCCCGAGCUAGGUGGGCUUUCAAGGCUUAAAAUGUUGAACCUGAUGAACAACACAUUAAUGGGCGAGAUCCCCGUAGAGCUAUGUAACCUUCCAUCCUUACAGUCAUUGUUUGUGGGAUCGAAUUCUCUCCAGGGAAGAAUUCCUGUGGAAAUUGGGAAUCUGGCACAAGUGCAGAUGGUCGACCUGUGCUGCAAUAAACUUCAUGGCCCAAUCCCCCCCACCAUCGGUAAAUUGCAGCGCCUGCUCUGGCUCAACCUCGAGUACAAUAAGCUCGACGGCCCUCUGCCGCCAGAGAUCGGCAAGUGCAGCAGCCUGAGGUUUCUCAAACUGGGGAACAACCGCUUCUCCGGAGAGCUUCCCCACACGAUGGGUUUCAUGGGCCACAGGGCUGAAGACACCUUCCGACUGAAUAAUGCCAAUGGAGAGCUCUUCCCGCCAGAGGUAGAAAUCUGCGAGGUAAUGCGCAGACUAGUUCCUGGUGGCUUGUCGGAUCCGUACAUUAUCUACGGAGACGAGCAAUGCAGGGCAUCCGUGGAAAGUAGUCUGAGAGGCAUUCCAUACCCGGCGUCCUUCUGCCCCUCACAUCGACAAACGCUGGGAUAUAUGGAACUCAGCUCAAACAAAUUCACUGGCGCUCUGCCCAGCUCCCUGGCCAAUCACUCCACUCUCGCCGUUCUCCUCGUUGCCCACAAUCGCUUCUCCACGGUCAUUCCAGAGUUCCUGGGAAACAUGUCUUUAAGGUUCCUCGACCUCUCAUACAACCACUUCCACGGUCCAAUCCCAACCCAACUUGGGCGCCUAGAGUGUUUGGAAGCCUUGGUUCUCACCAGCAACGACCUGGAAGGCGAAAUCCCCAAUUCAUUAGCAGCCCUCUCCUCUCUGACAGUAUUCAAUGUCUCCUACAACGUCCGCCUGCAGGGUCCAGUACCCACCUCGGGUCAAUUCCUCACCUUCUCAGACGCUUCCUACAUUGGGGAUGUCGCCUUAUGCAGGGAAACCACCAGUAUGGACGAUUCCCACAACUCCUGCAGAAAGCCAACGGCUGCGCCUCCACCCUCAGUUACCAAAGUAGUCCGAUCCACCCUAAGCCCCGGCAGCAUCGCAUCCCUGGCCAUCAUUGGGGUCUCACUUCUGAUUGCACUUGUGAUCGGAUGGUGUUGGCAGAUACAGAGGGAAAAACAGGACAGGCCGGGCGAGCAAGUAGCAGCAUUCGGGUCGAUGGCAGAGGAGACGGUUCUAAGUCACAAAGACCUAAUGAAAGCAACCAAGAACUUCAGCGAAUCAUCCGUCAUAGGACAAGGCGGCUUCGGAGUGGUCUACAGAGCCCAUCUCCAGCUCAAGGACGGCACAACAGUAGCCCUAGCUGUGAAACGACUAACCGAUCACAGUCCCCGGUUGGACAAGGAAUUCCUAGCGGAAGUCCAAACCGUGGGCCGAAUCCGGCACCCAAAUGUCGCCCCCUUACUUGGGUGCUGCAUCGCAGGCUCGGACAAGCUCCUAAUCUACAAACUAAUGAGCAAUGGCAGCCUGGAGGACCGCCUGUACGAGGAGACCCCUGAGCUGAACGAUUUCCUGCUCCGGGUCAAGAUUGCUGCGGAGGCGGGCAAUGGCCUCCAAUUCCUUCACCAUGAGUGCCGCCCCCCAAUUGUGCACCGCGACAUGAAACCCAGCAACAUACUUCUCGACCACGACCUCCAUGCCUUCAUCACCGACUUCGGCCUCGCGCGGAAUCUCGCCGCCUCAGACAGCCAUCUCACUACCCAGCUCGUCGGAACGCCGGGCUACGUUCCACCCGAGUACUCGCAGUCCUUUCGGGUCACCCUCAAGGGCGAUGUUUACAGCUUCGGGGUCGUCCUGCUCGAGCUCGCUACCCGAAAGAGGCCCCAAGACAAUUUCACAGUCGACAACUUUUCCGGCGGAAGUGUGGAGUGGGCUCGCGUCGCCUUCGAAAACGCACGAUUCCAUGACGUUCUCGACCCUGCCGUGCAAGACUGGAUUCAAGGCGACCAUUUGAGGAUGAGUCUGGUCUUCCAGUUCGCCAAGCUCGCCUAUGAGUGCACCCACGACCGCCCAGAAGCCAGGCCUUCCAUGACCCAUGUCGCUCAUUGCUUGCACCACUUACAUCUCACUUUCACCGCCAAACAAACGGGGUCCGAUAGCAGAAGCCAGUGAUUUGUGUGCAGAAAAUUGCAUUAUGAGCUCACUGGGUAAUGUAAUGUAACGCCCACUGAAGGGGAAAAUGAAAUACAUCAGCCAGGAACCCUGCUUCACCUACCUCUCUGUGUCUGAACUAUACUGUUUAGACUUGUUUUCAGAUCUUUUAUGUGACCAUCUCUACAAAAUUCUCUACAUAAACCCUCAUAGAUGAGCUCUAGGAACACUUGGUUUUCUGUAUUUACUGUCGAAUUUUUGAUUGAUUUUGAUUUCUCUACACCGAUAUUUUGAACACCCUUGCUUUGUAAAUCAAAAAGGCUGGGAAAGGCUUGAAUUUUUUUGUUUUUGUUUUAUUGAAUAAGUGCUGCAGUGCAGAUGUAUCCUCCACCCAAGACUGCCCGGUCAGUAUAUUUUUUCUGUUUUUUAAAUAUAGUUUGUAUUGAACAAUUUUUUUAUUUUUUUGAUUAUCUAAAAUUUCACAUAUAUUGGGUUCAAAAGUGAUGUUGACUUGUCAUUUUAGC